CUUUCAAGCUUAUCUUUAACCCUAGACUCCAUGUGAUAUCAUACGUUCCUUCCUUCCCCAAUCUCCCCCUUCUUAGAAACCCCAUUACGAAUCUCGCCGACCUUUAAUCUCUCUCAUAUUUUCUUUUUGGCCAAGCAAAAAUCUUUCAACCAAUUCACACCCAUAUAUAAAAAUCUCUCUAUGAACGCCAAAGUCAUCGCCUCUAUAACGUCGCCGUCUCUUCCUCUUUUGCCCAAAACCCAACAUUUUUGAGCCCUUCAGAGACGGCGACUGGAAUAAACACCGAUCGAUCUAUCAAUUGAUUGAUCUGUUCAUCAAAUCCUAACUAAAUUUGGUGAUUUUACCCCAGGCUAUAUAGUUAAUUUUCUGUUCUUUACAAGGUGUAGUAUUUGAUUAGAGGUGUAAUUACUAUAUGAUAGUAUUAGGAAUUUGUCGACAUCAAGCAAUGGUAGGAAGAUGGCGGCAUAAUAAUGAAGUGGAGAUGAUUUCUAAACAUGGAUAUGCAAUUUCUUCAUCACCUAGUUUUAGUAGAAUGUACAAAUUAGUUGACUUUUAGGUUGACCAGUGUAAAUAGGAUUAACCUUGUGUAGAUAACAACAACAUGGCAUCAAAGGUAGUGAAAGUCUCAGCAAAUGGUCGAAGAGUGAUUCUUGAUUCAAAGAGGAAAAUUGGAACCCAAAAUCAAUUCAAAACUCAAAUAGUCAACAGCAAGUCUUUGACUUUUAGGCCAACAAUUCAAAAGCUUGGAAAGAGGAAAAGAUCUACUGAAUGCAAAAACAAAUGUGGAUCAUGUUCAAGAAAAACUUUGCUCAAAAACUACUCAAAUUUCAUCAAGAGUGGACUACCACAACGUCUACUGUAUUCCCAAGAUGGUCAAUGGGUUGACUUUUCAACAGAAGUCAUUGACUUGGUCAAAGAAGAUUUCCGUUCUAAGAAGGCUGCAAUUGAAGUGAAGGUUAAUGGGAGUCAUUUCAUGUUACAGAUUUUGUACAUGAUUCAGAUUGAUUUGAAAACCGGGGCCCAAAAGCCGAUUGCUUGGAUUGAUGAUGGGGGUAAUUGCGUCUUUCCGGAAUCUCAUUCCACCUGUCACGGGAAUCAUGAUGAUGUGGAUCUUGCUGAGUCUUCUGUGACUCCUGAGAUUAAGUUGCAUUUGGAGAUUGAGCUUAACAAUAAGUUUGAGGAAUGCAUGGACGAGUCAAACGUGAAGAGGAUCAAGGUUGACCAGGAAGGUCAAGGUGUAAAUGACGAAAAUGCCCCUCAAAAGAGCGAUGAGUAUGCAUCCCCGAUUUCUGAAACCAUUUGUGGGAGUGUUGAUGUUGAAACGGCUAGAAACAUGUUUGUGAUGGGAAUUGGUCAAGAUUUGAAAGUUGACAUUUUUGAUGUGAAGAAAUGUUCCGGAAGUUUCAUGGAAGCAAGACAGAAGCUUUUUCAGACACAGGUUGAGAUCACACAAAAGCUUCGUGGAAAGGCGAAUGUGGUGUAUGCUUGGUGUGUAGCCAAUGGGGAUGCGCCAUCUGGCGUUCUUUUUUAUGCUCAUAAUGGGCCAAAGCUUGGGCCUUAUGGUUAUGGUGUCCACCUGGCAGCUGUUCAAUCUGCCCACAAAAGUGCUAUGAUAUGUGAUGUUGACGAAAAUGGGGUAAAACAUAUGGUAUUAUGUCGUGUGAUUUUGGGGAAUUCAGAGGUUGUUGAAAAAGGAUCUAAACAGUUUCAUGCAAGCGAUCCAUGUUUUGAUACUGGAGUUGAUGAUUCACAAAAUCCAAAUUCUUAUAUAAUCUGGAACAUGGAUGUCAACACACACAUCUUCCCUGAAUGUACAGUUGCUUUCAAGAUGCCUCCAACACUCAAUCGGAAUACUGUUGUUGAAGAAAGUAGGCUUGAUAUGUCAAGAGUCACUACAACUCAUGAUCAACAUAAUACCUCUUCGAGCACACCAGGGAAAAACUUCCCUCAGGAGAAGGUUCCUAUUCCUAGUGUUGGUUCAAGCACAGCUAAAGAUCCUAAAUCACCAUGGAUGCCAUUUUCUAUGUUGUUUGAAGCAGUUUCUGCUAAAGUUGAACCUGAUCAUAUGAGAUUGGUGCAUAUUUUGUAUGAAUCUUUUAGGGCGAAAAAAAUGAGUCGAGAAGAGUUUAUUAAGAAGCUUAGAUCGGUUGUUGGGGAUCAGAUAUUGAGGUCAACAAUAUCCAGCCUCCAAUCCAAGAAUGUUUCGAAUUCGGGAAGUGGGUCGGAAGUUAAAGAUGGGCAAGAAGUUUGAAACAGGAAUGAACAACUUCUUGGAUGAUGAAAACUCGCAUGAAAGAUCUAUUUCUGAUACAUUUUCACUCAAGUUGUCAUCGAACUAAGAAAUAGGUAUAAAUUCUUAAUUUUUUGUAACCUUGUUAUCUCUUCUCCCAUUCAUGAGUUUCAAGUUGGUUAACCAAUUUUUGUUUUCUUUUUUCUUUUGGCAUUUCUAACAUUUUUGCAAUCGUAUGCCAAAUGAUAUGUAAGAACAUACUCGUGAAGAACUCUUCCAUUAAGAUUGAGUUUUUGUAGUUCGCAUUUUAGUUAUUGCCUGACUAUUUGUUGAUUAGACUGUAUCUUUUUAGACAAAAUUGCAAAAAUGGUCGCCGUGGUUGACAAAUUUAUGUGGUUUUGAUCCAAAA